AUGUAAAAACGGAUAAAUUAAAUAAAAACGAAAACUAAACAAAAAAAACAAUAGAUGUCUAGAGGUUAAAUAAUAAAAUAUGAGGUAGAUAUGUACGAAAGCAAAUCGAAAAGAAAAAACGAUAAACGCAAACAAAAUCAGCAAUCUCCAAUCGCAGAUUAUGAAAAUGAUAAAAAAAAGGUGGGCAGGUGGACACCCGAAGAGGAUGAGAAGCUUUAAAAAUUGAUUGAAGAAUAUGGAGAAAAGAGUUGGCGAAUCAUAAGUGACAUGAUGGAAGGUCGAAGUGCCAUACAGUGUUUGCACAGAUGGACUAAAAUACUUAAACCAGGACUGAAGAAAGGACCUUGGCAAGAUGAUGAGGAUGAGAAGCUAUUGGAAUGGGUCAAGAAUAAUGGGCCUUGUAAAUGGUCUUUAUGUGCUGAAAAUAUUGCCGGAAGGUCAGGAAAGCAGUGCAGAGAACGAUGGUUCAAUAAUCUCAAUCCAAAUGUUAAAAAAGGAGGCUGGACAUCUGAGGAGGAUCAUGAAAUAUUUAAAGGGUAUCUACAGUACUCAUCAUCUUGGUCAAAAAUUGCUAAGAACUUAUCAGGUAGAACUGAAAAUUCUGUGAAGAACAGGUUUUAUUCCACUGUUAGAAAAUUAUUGGCUGAUUAAGAAAAAAAUGGGAUAUCACUAAAGAUGCUUGAGGCACAAGGAGAAAAUGGCACUUCCGCUUUACAGACCUUUGUAAAAGAGCAUCUAUAAAAAUAUGAAUAGCAAAUGUAAAUGUAAAUGGAAUAAGAAGAGCCUGAGUCAGAUAAAUCAAUGUAAGAUGAAAAAGUGGAAGAAUCUGAAAUUAAAUCUGAAGAUGAUGAUGAUAGUAAAUCAAGAAAGAAAAUGCAAGCAGAAACAUAUUAAGAAUAGAACCUACUUUAUAGGUUACUUAAACAAUAAGGAGGACCAAUAAAAAGAACUUCCUGUAUGAAGGAUUAUUCAACAAUCUAUAAAAAAUAUAAAAAAAGGUACAACCAAAAAAAGAAAGAUAAAAAAUUAUCAGAUAAAGUUGAGAAUCUAAGAAAGAUGAUACUUAAAAAGGAGGAUUAUAAAAAUUCCUCAGAAGAAAAAGAAUUAGACUUCUAAUAAAAUCUUGAACAAUAAUUGGCUAAUUUUUCUCAAUAAAAAAUAGAUGCUCAAUCCCAAAAUGGUGAUUCUGAUAAAAUGAAUGAAUUCCAAGAAAAAUUAUUGGCAUUCUUCAAUCAACAAUUAAAUGAAGUAAUGAAAAAAUUUUAUGUUGAAAUGGGCGAUCCUAAAUAAUAAGCCAAAUGGCAAAUGAUUCUCGCUUCUGAUGAUAAUAAUAAAAUAUAAUAGUAGUACUAACAAUAAUAGUAAUAGCAAUAAUAAUAAUAAUAAUAAUAACAAUAACAAUAAUAAUUACAAGAAAGCAAAAAAAAAACCAAAAGACAAAUUGCAAAAAGUGCUAAAGUCAAGGAAGAAGAAGUUGAAUAAAAUUAAAUGGUUAUGAAUACAUUCCUGCAGAAAUUUAAUCAUCUUGGUUAAAUUGGAAUCACUCAAUUAGGGUAUCAUUCUAAUAAUACUUUAGAGCUAAUGUAAAUGAGGGGAAAAAUGAAACUGAAAAAUUAAAUGGUCUAGGAUGCUAAAAUUGAUUAAAAAAUGAUGUUCCUUAUUAGUUAGUUACACACUUUAGAGAAUAUGUUAGGCGAUACAAAAAAAGAAUUCAGCAGAUUGGAAGCUAGUCUUUAUGAAAAAAUCAACAAUACUUCAUUUCACUCUAAUAAUUCGAGUGAAAAGAACUGA